AUGCCUCGGUCCCCGUCAUCCUCCAAUGACAGUGUUCUACAGAGUAAUAACAGUUACGAUCUUUUGGAGAUGUUUUCCGAGAGUGACUCAGAAGAGGAUAGGAAACUGACGCAGGCUCUGGAGCCGAGACGGGAAUUUCAAAAAACUGGGAAAAUGGUGCAAUUUCAAGAGAUGGGUUCCCAUAUCAAAUACCAGGUGAACAUUCUAUUCAUCCUUCUAAGUCUAUGCAACGCCGAAGAUAUAAUUAUUAACACAAGAUUAGGACAAAUAAGAGGUUUAAUAAACACUACUGGCGAUAAUACUGCUUCCGUCUUUUAUAACAUUCCGUUUGCCAAACCACCAAUUGGAGAUCUUCGUUUCGCCAAGCCCCUACCUUAUGGUAACUGGACUGGUACUUUGAAUGCUACAGCAUUUGGAAAUCAAUGUAUGCAGUUUGUGGAUCCAAGUUCGCAAUUGCCUGGAGUUAAAACCUCCGAAGACUGUUUAUACCUCAAUAUCUUUAUUCCAAAUAAUGCCUCCGAGUCCGUGAAGAAGCCUGUCAUGGUUUGGAUUCACGGGGGUGGUUUCUCAGUUGGAUCAGCGCAUAUCUAUGACUCAAAAUCUCUAUCUUUACAAGGAGAUGUUAUUGUUGUUACCAUUCAGUAUAGACUUGGGAUAUUUGGAUUUUUCUCGCUUGGUACGUCAGAGGCUUUGGGGAAUUAUGGUCUUUGGGAUCAGAUGCUGGCAUUGGAGUGGGUUCAGCAGAAUAUAGACUCUUUUGGAGGGGAUCCCUCCUCUGUUACAAUAUUUGGGGAGUCUGCUGGAGGAGCAAGCGUUUCUCUUCUUGCUUUGAUUCCACAAAACAAAAAUAGAUUUCACCGAGUGAUCGCUCAGAGUGGUACCAUGACGGUAUCAUGGGCCUUAACGAACGCUUCAGAAGCUUCAUACGCGAUUGGAGAACUCACUGGAUGUUCAAAAUCUUUACAAACAGCUGCAUUUGUAAGUUGCAUGCGUAAUAGUGCAGCUACGGCGCUUUUAAAUAAUUUUGUCGGAUACAGCUAUCGAAUGCCGAACAGAUUUGCAUUCUCUUUAGAAAUAGGCCCUGUUAUUGAUGGAGAAUUGUUCAAAAUGACCCCAAAAGAAAUUCUAAGAAACUUUUCAUCCGAAGAACACAAGUUUUUCUCUUCUUUGGACUACAUGACUGGAACAACUAAAUAUGAUGGCAAUAUUUUUCUAACGUCAAUGACUGAAACGUUUCAGAAACACUUUGGAUUCAAUUUGACUACAGGUGUAACAUCAGAGCAGUUUUGUAACAUAAUGGUUUCUCCUGUUAUUGUUAACUUCUUUCAAGACAAUCCAUUCGUCUUCGAGGAAGUCUGCAAUGAAUACCAGGUAAAAAACAACGUUUCCGAGCAAAGUAGACAGAUGGUGAACCUUUUUACAGAUAUUUUCUUUGAUUACCCAGCAUUUGAGAGUCUUCGAUCUCAUAGUCAAGACAAUAUUAAGUCAAACACCUUUAACUACGUUUUCGAGUUUCCCGGACCGUCAUUUGUACUAACCUCGCCUCCGCCUUGGUACGUAGGCCCUGGUCAUGCCGAUGAAUUAAUUUAUCUAUUUAAUAUGUUUCCUUUAACUGGAGAAGGGAAAGCUGUUUCUUCUGCCAUGAUGACAUACUGGACAAAUUUUGCAAAAAAUAGAGACCCAAAUGACCCAUCACUUCCAGACUGGAAAGUUUACGACAAUCAGAAAGAAGCUUACCUGGCAAUCAAUGCAAACCAUUUAACAGCAAUGAAGUACAAAGAACAUCGUAUGCAAUUCUGGGACCAAGACAUACCUCACUUAAUGGAAUCAGCACCUACAGGAACAGUCACGAUUCAGACCAAACUGGGUCCUAUGACUGGUAAAAUAACUUAUGUGGAUUACAGUUUUCAUAAAAAAGUCUUCACAUUUUACAACAUUCCUUUUGCCAAACCACCAGUGGGUAAACUUCGUUUUGCCAAGCCUGUGCCCUACGGAAGUUGGAAUGGAACUCUAAAUGCUACAGAACAUGGAAACCAGUGUAUGCAACUUCCAACUUAUGAAAUACCAGGGGUAGAAACUUCUGAAGACUGUUUGUACCUCAAUAUCUAUGUACCAAAUAAUGUUUCUAUAUCUGCAAAGAAACCUGUUAUGGUAUGGAUACAUGGUGGUGGAUUUACCGGAGGAUCAGCUCAUGCGUACGAUUCAGGCGCUCUUGCUUUACAAGGAGAUGUUAUUGUGGUAACCAUUCAGUAUAGACUUGGGAUAUUUGGAUUUUUCUCGCUUGGUACAUCAGAAGCUUUGGGGAAUUAUGGUCUUUGGGAUCAGAUGCUGGCAUUGGAGUGGGUUCAGCAGAAUAUAGACUCUUUUGGAGGGGAUCCCUCCUCUGUUACAAUAUUUGGGGAGUCUGCUGGAGGAGCAAGCGUUUCUCUUCUUGCUUUGAUUCCACAAAACAAAAACAGAUUUCACCGAGUGAUCGCUCAGAGUGGUACCAUGACGGUAUCAUGGGCCUUGACAAACUCACAAGAAACUUCGUAUGCAAUUGGGGAACUUAUGGGAUGUUCCAAAACUUUAGAAACAGCUGCAUUCAUCAAUUGCAUGCAAAAUAGCAAUGCCGAAACGCUUUUAACAAGUGCAUUUGGAUACAUCUAUAGAAACCCAAAUGUAUUUCCAUAUGCUGUUGAAAUUGGGCCUGUUAUUGAUGGCGAGCUUCUCAAAGUGACACCAAGUGAGCUAUUAAGAAACUUUUCAUCAGAAGAAUAUAAGUUUUUCUCUUCUUUGGACUUUAUGACUGGAACUGUUAAAGCAGAUGGCAAUGACGCUUUGCUUGCAAUGACUGAAACAUUUCAGAAAUACCACAGUUUCAAUGUAACAAAUGGAAUUACUGCUGAUCAGUUUUGUAGCAUAUUUGUUCGUCUUUUUACUGUUACCUUCUUCCAAAACAAUUCACACGUGUUCAAGAAAAUAUGUGACGAAUACCAGGUGAAGAACAAUGUUUCCGAGCAAAGUCGUCAAAUGAUUGACUUCCAUACUGAUUUUUUCUUUGCCUACCCAGCAUUUGAAAGUCUUCGCUCCCACAGUCAAAACAAUGUUGAGUCUAAUACUUUUCAUUAUGUGUUCGAGUUGGACGGAGUGUCGAUUUUGCUUGCCUCGCCCCCUCCUUGGUACAUUGGCCCUGGUCAUGCAGAUGAAUUGGCUUACUUGUUUCCUUUUUAUCCCCUCAGUGGACUUUGGAAGUCAGUUUCAACUGCUAUGAUGACAUACUGGACGAAUUUUGCUAAAAGAGGAUUGUCAGAACAAAAUAAUUAA